AGAAAGAACAAAAACCCACACUGAACUGUACCAAAGUUUUGGUGAAAGCUGAGAAGCUGAAUAACCAAUUAAUGGCUUCUGAAACAUCUUCUUCUCCGAAGAUCCUUCUAGCAAAGCCUGGGCUCGUCGCCGGCGGUCCCGUCACCGGUAAAUUUUCCCGUGGCGGAGCCGCCGACGAUGAAGCUGCGCAGCUCCGUUCUCGUCUUCCUUCCGUUGCAUCCCUCAACCUUCUCUCCGAUUCCUGGGAUUUCCACAUCGAUCGCUUUCUCCCUUUUUUGACUGAGAAUACUGAUUUCACUGUGAUUGGGGUGAUUGGGCCAUCUGGAGCUGGAAAAUCAACUAUUAUGAACGAAAUUUAUGGUUUUGAUUCAACUUCACCUGGGAUGCUACCACCUUUUUCCACACAGUCUGAAGAGACCAGAGCCAUGGCAAGGCAUUGUUCUACUGGCAUUGAACCUAGGGUAUCUUCUGAACGUAUUAUUCUUCUUGAUACUCAGCCUGUGUUUAGUGCUUCGGUUUUAGCCGAGAUGAUGAGACCGGAUGGCUCUUCGACGAUUUCAGUGAUAACUGGAGAAUCACUGUCAGCUGAAUUGGCUCAUGAGAUUAUGAAUAUUCAGCUUGCUAUUCUACUUGCAUCUAUAUGCCAUGUUGUGCUGGUGGUGUCAGAUGGAGUUCAUGAUGAUAGCAUGUGGCAUUUGAUGUUGACGGCUGACUUGUUGAAGCAUGGGAUACCAGACCCAUCCUUGCCGGCUUCAUCACUUUCACAGAGCUCUAAUUUGGGGCUUGAAAAAGAUUACAAAGUUCCUGAACGUGAAGAGUACAUGGCUACCCCUGUGUUUGUACACAGCAAGUUGCAUGAUCAAGACUUUACUCCCAAAAAUGUUGUGCAGUUGAGAAGGGCACUUUUGCAGUAUUUCAAAGCAUCCUCAUUUGCGAGAGAACACACUGGAAGCAAGCCAGGGGAACAAAAUACAAGUCAUAUGGAUUCUGGCAUGCUAAAUAUGCAUGCGAUCCCAUUCAAGCAAAAGGAAGAAAAUCCAAGAGCUCGGCAUGAAAGUUACAUAUCUGCAUUAUGGAAAUUACGGGAUCAGAUUUUAUCGAUGAAGCCGCCAUCUUUCACGAGACCUGUGUCUGAGCGUGAAUGGUUGAAGAAUUCAGUCAAGAUAUGGGAACAAAUAAAGAGUUCCCCAACCAUAUUGGAUUACUGCAGAACACUACAACAUUCUGGCAUGUUUAGGAGGUAGAUAGAAACAAGAAAUAUUACAGUCCUGAUUGUAAUGAAAUACGUAGCAGCUUGUUUUCAUAUAAAGACAGAGUCCCUGGGAAUUGGUAAGGAAGAUGGCUUCAUGGUAGGAACUGUCUGAGACUGGUCUUUUUCAAGUGCGAGGGGGUGAAAGAAGAAUUGUUAAAUAUCAAGAACUGUAUUAAAAUUGGUUGCGGUUUUUUCAGCUUUCUUUUAAUUUCUAGUCUCCUUUAUAUUGGAACUUUACUAAAUUA